AUGCCUGGUUAUAACAAGUUUAUGAAAAAUCUUAUGACCAAUAAGAGGUCGAUAAACUUUGAAACAAUCAAGGUCACUCAUCAAGUGAGUGCUAUUGUUCAUUCUAUGGCUCCUAAGUUGGAGGAUCCCGAUGCUUUCGCAAUUCCUUAUACUAUUAGAAGUGUCGAUUUUGCUAAAUCUCUUUGUGAUCUUGGGGCUCGUAUCAAUUUGAUGACCUAUCUGGUGUUCAAGACUUUGGGGAUCAGGAAAGCAAGGCCCACAUUGAUGAGGUUGCAAAUGGUCGAUCAUUGUGAGGUUGAUUAUGAAGUACCUAUCAUUCUUGGAAGGUAUUUCCUUGCUACGGGUAAGGCCCAUUGUGAUGUUGAAGUCAAGGAACUCACUUUUUGGGUUGGUGAUGAACAAAUGCGUCAACCAAAUAACAAUGAG